CCUCACCUGAAAUGUACCUCUCCAUGCUUUGCUGCGACAGAAAUCUCAUCAUUCAAGAAACAUUAAAUGGCUCAACAAAGGACACUAUUCUACUUCAAAACACCAGAACAACAGGAAAACAUCAAGUACCAUGCCUUAAAGGACUGAAAUAGUUCUCAGCAGUUGGACCAACUAUGGCAGAAGAAGAAAAUGAUAAUGAAUUGAAUUUUAAUAAAAACCAUUCUGCAGACUCUGAACAAGCAGAUGGCCAAGUGACAAGUGAUGAUGACAUUUCUAAGAAGAGCUGUGACCCAAUCCCUGUGGAGUCCAAAACUCCCACAAAUCUGCCAUCAGCAUCCAAUCUUCCUGCCACAAGCUCUCCUUCUGGUGAGCCAACUAUCACUUUUGAUGAUGGUAUUUCCCUUCUGUCGUGUCUGUUAGUAGGUUGUAAGGGCAAUGGCAAGAGCCACACAGGCAACACCAUCCUGGGACAGGAGGCCUUCAGAGUCACCAGGAAAGGAGGAACAGAGAAGUCCAGCCUGGGCAGCAGCAGCCUUGAGGUUGAUGGAGUCAGCAGGAAGGUGACAGUAGUUGACACCCCCGGAGUCUCCCAGGAGAUGACAGAGUCAGAGUUUGAGGAGCUGGUUCGAGCUGUGAAGAUGGUUCCUGAGGGCUUUAAUUCCAUCUGUCUGGUCUGGGACUACUACAACUCUGAGAGGAAUGAAGACAAGGAGGUCCAAGUGUUCCAGUCCCUCCACAGGCUGUUUGGUGAUGGGCUGUACGAUCAUCUUGUCAUCCUGGUCACUCAUGCUCAGGAGGAGGACAUUUCAGAAUUCAGGAAUGAACUUCCUAAAGCCAUGGAGGAAACUGCAAAAAAGGCAAAUCACAUAGUUGCAAUUGAAAAUAAGCCUGGCAAGGAUUCAUCAGGAAAUAAGGAACAGGUUAACAGAAUCUUGGGUGUGCUUAAGAGUAUGUCAAUAAGGUACAUAGAGUCAGACUUGUCUCAAAAUUGUCAAAUCAACAAUGGACGAAAGCUAAACAUCACCAUCAUAGGUAAAACUGGAGUUGGUAAAAGUCAUACAGGGAAUACCAUUAUUGGUAAAAACACUUUCAAAGUAGGAGACAUUGCAUCCUCUAUAACAACUGUAUGUGCCUCUGGUGAUAGAGAGAAGGAAGACAGAGAAAUAGAAGUGUUGGAUACACCAGGGGUAUUUUCCACUGAUAACCAUGACUUGAAGGAGAUCGCACAACAGUUGUGUAGAAUUGUGACACGAUUUGGUGAUGAGGGCCUUCAUGCACUUGUGGUUGUUAUAAGCAGCAGAGUCAGAUUUACAGAGUCUGAAACCAAAGCAAUUAACAUCUUUCAACACUUGUUUGGCAACAGGUUUGUAGACUAUGCUAUUAUCCUAGUUACUGGAAAAGACAACCUGAGAGGAAUGAGCGAAAGUGAGUUUCUGUCAGCUCCAGAGAGUUUGAGAACAAUCUUAAAACAGUGUGGGGAAAGAUGUGUCUUCUUCGACAAUACAACUAGGGAUGAGACACUUAAAAGACAACAGCUAGUUAAGCUCAUCCAAAUGAUUGAUGAAAUAGUGAUUGAAAACGGGGGGCCAUACACUGAUGAUCUCUUCCAAGAGGGGAAAAGAUAUAUGGAAGAAAUCCUUGAAGAAACAAAGAGACAACACCCUACUUGGUCUCUGAUACAACAAGAGCUUGAAGCCAAACGGAAAGUGGCAGAAAUGGACCACUCAGGGGUUAAUUUGUUCAAAACAAUCAAGAACAUUAUAUCAUCAUGGUUCUUUCCCGAUCGUCGAGGAUCUCUGGGAAGUUCUGAUAGUACUGCUGUUUAGCAUGAGGGGCAAUGAGAUUCACACUUAAACCUUUGCCAUAUUCGACUGUUGUCACCUCCAAAAUAGACCCAUUAUUUUGAUUGAAAUUCCCACAGAGGCCUCACUUAAAAGAAAACCUCAGGUUUAACUCAAGAAAACCUUAUUAUUUUGUCCUGAUAAAGACAACAUUGAGGGACUUACCAGAAGAGCAUUUCCUACCUUGUAGAUUAUGUGAAUCAGGCCUUCAGCUGCCGAAUUUGUAUCUGACCUUGCUCAUGAAGCCAAUAUCAUAUAGUACAGACAUAGCAUUUUCUUGUUCCAUAUAGUUACUGCGGUUAUGUAAAUAAACAAGUUUGCAUGAAUUAUAUCUUAGAGAUUAUCAACGCUACAUAUUUGUCACAAUCUUACUGCUUGUGCCAUCAACGCAUCAAUGUCACAGUCUGAAACACAAUUUACAGUUCCUGAUAAAGCAUAAUUGAUAAUGUUGUGCAAUGAACAUACAAAAUACCAGUAUGCAUUAUACUUUACAGAUUGUACUUCAAGUUCUUGAUUCCUGAAGCAAAAUACAAUUUGUCUUCUACCUGGAAUGCAAAACAUUGCAUGUGUAUUGGAGGGAGGGGGUGCACUCAGGGGAAA